GUCUGGCAGUACUUUCACAUCCCGAACAGCUGAUUGAUAAAAUGCAAUCAGAAUUUCAACCACAAAUCUUUCAUUAUUUAUUUGUGCAGUAUAAUCGCAACUAUAAUAAAAUUGUAUAUAAACAAAUAUAUAUUUUGCAUUGUACACUCAAGUGCAGUUUUUUUUUUUAUUGAGCUGGUGUGUUUAUAAAAAUAUAUGUGAGAUUAUCCACUUGGCGAAAAAAUCUACAAAGCUCGCUAACUAGCCAAAAGAUGACGGAAAAAACUGGUAAUCCAUAUGAUAUGGAUAGCUCGGUAUUUGAUUCCGAGAAAUAUUUAGAAAAGUUAUUAAAGGAUUGUACAUUAAAGCAGAUUAUGGAUACUGAAACUGCAGUAAUAAAAGACACACAAACGCUACAUUCCGAUAUGCAAACAUUGGUUUAUGAAAAUUAUAAUAAAUUCAUAUCGGCAACGGACACCAUCCGGAAAAUGAAAAAUGAUUUCAAACAAAUGGAAUCAGAUAUGAACUUAUUACGUACAAAAAUGCAAACAAUAACAUCGUUUAGCGAGCAAAUUACAGAUACAUUGCAAGGGACACGCUCACAACUUUGCCGCCUAUCUGAGAAGCACUCACUACUAAAACGUUUACAAUUUCUCUCAUCACUACCAGCCAAGUUGAAGGGUCUAAUUGAGGAGCAAAAUUAUGCACAAGCUGUACAAGAUUACUUACAUGCACAAAAAGUUUUCGCACAAUAUGGUCGGCAACCAUCAUUUGAUGGGAUUCAGCGUGAUUGCGAAAGUAUUUUGCUUGACUUGAAAGAGCGUUUACGCACUGACUUUCAGAUGGCAAGUAAUACGGCACAAUCGUUGAGUGAAAUUGGUGAGUUGUUAUUGCAGUUGGACGAAAAACCGGCGGAUUUAGCUAAUGAAAUGUUGACUUGUGCCUCCAAACGUCUGCACGAACAAAUUGUAUUGCUGCAGGACCAAACCGAGCGGGAUAUGAUUGAAUUUGUUGAUAUGGGUAUUGAAGGUUUCUUGAAUGACUUAACAUUAGUAGUCACUUCCUAUUUCGAUAUGUUCGUCGCUAAAAAUCAUGAAAAAGAAAGCGACGAUUUUCAAGAGCAAGCAUUGCGUCAAUUAAACAUAUUUCUUAAUCAAAAUGUCGACAAGUACUUGACACUGGUGCAGGAUCGUGUUGAAUCAGAUAUUGGUUUUGGCGAUACACAAAUUAUGUUGCGUGCUCUUGAUCGUCUCAACAGACGCUUGCUUGCAAUGCGUAAUAUUUGUCAUGGUUUGGACAUACAACGCAACACUGUGGAUAUUAUUAUCGCCGCAGCACAUCAGCUUUGCGAAGUACAUACGAAAUCGCUGAGAGAUCAUUUCUCUGAUAGUCUUAGCUCUGUACGCUUGGCAUUGGUUUCCGCCAAGAGUGACAGUAAUAAUGGCUCGAAUUUGAAUGAAUUAAUUACCAAUUUAUAUGUAUCAAUGGUGGAGAAGGUUAAAGGUGUAUUACAGGAUUUAUUAGUUUUCCUACAAACCGAUUGGUCAUUCAAUAUUAAAGCUGAAUACAAAGGGGCUCUGUGUGUGGAGGGCAUAAGAGAGAAUUUAUUAAUUGGUUUUCUUCGUCAUAUUUCAAAGGUUAUGUGUUCUUUUGCCGACGCCUCAAGUUCAAGUCCACCAAAUCUACUGUUGGUGCUGUCGAAAACUUGUCUUGAAAUGGAACAAAAUGGUGUACAUAUACUGAUCACUUUGGUUGAUGAUUUAUAUGAAAUCGAUUCGGAGAAUAGUGCCGUGCUAACCCAUGAAACAGAGAUAUGCGCUGAAAUGCGUGAAACUGCGCAAACACUACUGGAUGCAUAUGUGCGUUUGCAGGGUACAAAUAUUUCGCAGAUGUUACGUAAAAGCGUUGAAACGCGCGAUUGGCUCAACUGCCUCGAACCGCGUUCGGUACGCGCCGUUAUGAAACGUGUUGUAGAGGAGUUGGCCUCAAUUGAAACAGUGGUCGCUAGUCUUUAUGAAGCAGGCGUGCGCACAACAGCCAGCAGUGAUUCGAGUCGCAAGACACAUUUUAGCACCCUAACUACAUCUAAACAACAGUUUCGGUCGAAUUGGUCAAAUUAUACGCCAUCACAAUUGGAAUCUAGUUAUGUUUCGAAUAUCCAUCGUUUAUUUUCUGAACGCAUUGAUAUAUUUACCAAUGUGGAUUUUUCGAAAGUAUCUAUCGUGACGGGUAUUAUUAAGAUUGGCCUAAAAACACUUUUAGAAUGCGUGCGCCUGCGCACAUUUAGUAAAUUUGGCUUACAACAAGUGCAAGUGGAUACGCAUUACCUACAAAUGAAUCUCUGGCGAUUCGUUACAGAUGAGAAUCUCGUCAAUUUCUUGUUGGAUGAGAUACUUGGUUCGGCGGUACAUCGUUGCUUAGAGUCGAUAUUAAUGGAACCGAAUGCGGUUGAAAUUAUAUGCGAGCGGGGUUAGUAUUUAUUGUCUUGAAAGCUUUUAUCUAAAUACUAGUUUGUUAUAUAAAAUUGCACAUUCCAAAUUAUUAUUAUUAAAAAUAUUUAAAACUUA